UCGAGAGCCAAAAACCCUAGAAGAGAAAAGGGGUUUUUAGAACCAGCAAAAUCUGCAGAUUUAGGGUUUAAGAUUUGUUACAUUUGGUGAAGAAGGAAGAAUGGAUAAAGCAAUUAUUAAGCUUGAAGAAGGUACAACAUGUACUGCGUGGAAUUAUUCGGGUCACAGAUUAGCUGCUGGUUCAACUGAUGGUACUUUGUUUGUUUUUGAUUCUACUGAUCCGGCUUCAUCUGUUUUCAGUGGUUCUUCUAAAUUCAAGGUGCAUGAAUCCAGCAUUGUAAAAGUUGUUUGGGCUCCACCAGAAUAUGGAGAUGUAGUUGCAUGCAUUUGUGCUGAUGGAAGUUUGUUGUUGUGGGAGGAGGUAGUUGAAGAUUCAGAGCUGCUUCAGUGGAAGCUGUGCAAAUGCUUUGACAGAAUCUCAUCCCUAGUUCUGGAUGUUCAGUUUGGAGUCUCCCAGACAAGUCUGAAAUUGGUUGCUGCUUAUUCGGAUGGCCAAGUGAAAGUGUUUGAGCUCCUAGAUCCAUUUGAAUUGAAGAAUUGGCAGCUGCAGGCUGAAUUUCAGAAUGUUAUUGAAUCUGUAUCUAAAUUUGGAAAUGUUUCAUGCCGAUCGGCUUCUAUUGCUUGGAAUCCCUUGAAAGGAGAAAUCCAGCAAUCAAGCUUCGUUUUGGGUUUUGAUUCCGAUACGCCACACCUAAACUCCUCCAAGGUUUGGGAAUUCGAUCAGGAUCAUCAGAGAUGGCUUCCAGUUGCAGAAUUAGCUUUACCUGCAGAUAAAGCUGAUCCAGUCUCUACUGUUGCAUGGGCACCAAAUAUUGGAAGGCCGUAUGAAUUAAUAGCAGUUGCCACUUGCAAGGAAAUUGCAUUAUGGCAUGUUGGAUCAAAUCCAGACUCUGAUGGAAGGCUCUCGGUGGAGAAGGUUGCAAUGCUCUCUACUCAUGACAGUGAGGUAUGGCAGAUGGAAUGGGACAUGAGUGGAAUGACACUUGCUACUACUGGAAGCGAUGGUGUAGUUCGCUUGUGGCAGUGCAACUUGAACGGAGUUUGGCAUGAGCAAGCAACAUUACAGCCCACUAGCUAGCCUGCUUAUAUGAUUUUCACAUUCAAGCUUGAACAAGAUUGCAAGAACCCAGUGAAACACAAGAUUCUGUGGUUUAUCCAUGUGACCGAUUUGUCGUCAGGCAUUUCAUUUUGUAAAGCUAAGUGACCUUUGCAUUGUAAGUGGUGGAAUAUGAAAAAUUCCCAAAAUGAAUAUGUUCAUCUGAUAUACUGGAACUUGUUUGCAUGUAUGGAGAAUUGUGGGGAUACAGAGUUUUGAUUGAAUAUGAAAAAAAACUCGUAUUCGUUGUAAGAUUAUUGAAAAGUAUGCUGAAAUGUGAGCAUCACUUUUGCUU